AUGGAAAUCGAAAUACUUGGAGCUGAAGUCUACACGACGGUGUCUAACCUACCGAGACACUUGCUGGGGGUUACCAACACAGUCCAAAUUAAUCUAGACGAAUCGAUCCGAAACGAAACUGGAGCGGUAACUGUUUUAAGUUCACGUCGCAUCCGCUUGAGGCCACGUGGCCGCGGCUUCACGCCACGUCAGCUCUCCGGGCUCCUUCGUGACGAGCACGCUCCUGAGACUCGAUACUUGGGCAGAAAAAUCGCUCUUGCUAUCAAUCAGCAAUUCGCUAUUGAUUCUUCUCUUCAAGAACCUGUUUUCGUGUCCGUCAAUGUCGAACUGAUCAGAGAGAGGACGCUUAUGUUUCCACUGCCGCCGCCUGAUUUUCUUCAUACUCCUCCUUCGUCGUCAUCGAGAGGUGCUUCGAGUGAGGUUUUUCAGAGGUUGUCUGAAGAGCAGAGAGUUGAAUCCAAAGAUUUGGUUCUGAAAAACGAGACUCAGUGUUCGAUUUGUAUUGAUGACUUGUCCAAGACUCGUGAAGACAUCAUUGAAUUGCCUCAGUGUUUGCAUAUUUUUCAUCAAGAUUGUCUCUUUGAGUGGCUACGUCGGCAAAACUCCUGUCCUCUGUGCAGGAGAGCUCCGUACGAGUUAUAA